GUAAACAUUGCAUAUGGCGCUGGAAAUAUGAACGUCAAAGUUGACAGCUGAUUAAUUGCUUUUAAUGAGUUCCUUAACCACUGUACUUGACUGACUUCUACGGCCUCCGUCUAAAGUAUAUAGAAGAAAGGAGGAGAUACCAAUUUAGAAUUACUAAGUUUGACAAGACAUGAACAGGAGUAUGGAAGUGCUAUAGAACUUGUAAAGACUAAGUGAUAUUGAUUAGAACAGCCAAUGCCAUGUGUUAACCAAUCUGUAACUCCAACACGGCAUAGAAGGUCUGCAUGGCUGGAAGAAAUGAGUUAGUUUAUCAGUAUACAUAGUUAACACAACUAUAAAUAUCUGAUAUUGAUUUGUCAACAAUUACUCUAUCUUUUAGUGGCAUUGAACUUGGUAAUUUGGAUAAUUUACUGAUGCAUGAAGUGAGUAUGGAUUUAAUGAUUCGGUGAAGUUUUUUUAUAUAGAUUUUUACAAAACUGGAUUUAAAGAUGUGAAGGACAUGAAAUAUUAAGAUAUUGAAAAAUAUUGCUUUUAGAAUGAGUAUAUCAGAAGCACCAACUACAAUAUCUGGUGAUUUAAGAGCUCCUUUGGCAACAUUUGAUACAUUUGAUUUUGGAGAGGAAAGGAGCUCAUUCAAAACUUUAAAAGAUGAUUCAUUUGAGUUGAAAAGCGAAGUUGAAAGCACCAAUUCAGAAGCCAGUAUACCCUUUGAAUACUCAACAUUCACAGAGGAUAGUAAUGACCCCUUUAUGCAGGACGUAAACACAGAUUCUACCAAACAAGAGGAUGUUUGGUCUAAAGUAGAUAUAAAGACAUUUUCUAGUCCUCAACAUUCAAAAUUAAAUAAAAGGAAUAGUUUUGGAUACCACAAUUUAAAAGAGAAAAAGACAAGUAGUAGUUCAAAUUCUUCAGAUAGUUCUGAUUCUGAGAGUGGGUACAUACAAAGUGGUUAUGUCACUGUUUCUAAUAAGUUCUCAGGUUCUCAAUUUCCUAGCGACAUUUUUGAUUCACCUUUACCACAGAGGGCAUUUUUAAAACACAUUGGAGAUAAUAAUAGUUCUUGUGAAUCUACGCCAUUUUCUUCACCAAAUUUGUCUAGAUUUUCUCUUCCAUCACUAUUACAAGAACUUGAAACUGUUACUGAAAAGUCAAAACGAAAAGCAAUUGAAAAGAGGAUUCAAAGACUCCAGGUAACAAACAAACCGGUGGAAAGACCUCGGAGUACAACUCAUAUAAAUGUGGUCAAUUUUGAAGAAUACAAACCAGAAAUAUCUCCAUCUUUAAAUAGUGAAAAACUGUCAAUAAAAUUGCCACCUGAGGAAUUUCGAAAAAGACAUAAAAGCCCCCUGAAGCUUCAUGGUGAAAUUUUUACCUUUAUGAAUGAGGAUCAACUUUUCACAAGAACAAAAUCUUUAGUUGUUGAAACGGCAAGUAUACCUGGACAAUCUCCAAAACGUGUAUUGAUACCUCCAACUCUUAGCCCAUCUUGUUCACCAUGUGUUUCUCGUAGGAAAAAUGAAUUAACAGAAGCAUGUUCAAAACACUCUGAAAUACUUUUCUCAACAUCACCUGAUAAUUGGGUUGCAUUUCCUAAUGUGUCUUUAUCUAGACAAGAAAACAGUAUUUCAACAACAGCAAACUUCCAUACAGAUGGCAAUUAUUGUAAACAGGAUGAAAUUCCACCUCUAAACGAAGAAGUUCUUACCAUAAGCAUUGUAGAAAGAGAUAAUUCUAAGACUUGUGAUAUUUCAUUGGAAGCCAGUUCAGCAGGUGACAGUUUACAAUUAGAAAAGCAAAUCAAUAUUCCCAUGACAGGUCAAGGAGACAAUGAACAUUUACAUACAGAACAGUUUGACAAAAUGACAUUAGACAAUUCUGAAACAUCAGAUUUUCAUAAAGAAAUUAUUUCAAUUGUCAAUGAAAUAUUUGAUGCUGAAUCAAGUCUACCACAGGUAUUUCAGAAUGAGAGAAAAGAAGAUGAAGAAGUAGCAAAGGAGGGUGAAGUUUGUGCCAAAGAAGAGAAUAAUACUCAGAGUACUCAUUUGCUUAUUUCAUAACUCAUAAUCGGAACUUUAACUUAGCUAUGUCAUCAGAAUCAUUUGACGAAUCAUCUAAUUUGGUUGUUACCUCCCCUAAUGGAAAUGAUGAUGAAAAAAUCAGCAAACAUAAAGAAGAUAAAGGAAAGCUACGUGUCCGAGACAAAAGUCCUUCAAAGGGAUUUGGUUUUAUGAAAAAGAAGCGAUCAAAAUCACCAUUUAGUUCACCAUUCAAAUCAUCUAAGCCUCCUAAAUCACCAAAGUCACCUUCAAAAGAAAUAUUAACUGAAGAAUAUCAAGAUAUUGAAAAGAAAAUAAGUGAAAAGAAGUCAGAAGAAUGGAAAAUAUUCCAGCAAAUGCAAGACCGAAUAAAGCAGAAUCUCUUCCAGACUCAAAGUACACUUCAUAAACUCUCAGCUAGUUUUGAUGAUGAUAUUGAACAAGCUGAAAAAUCCAAAUUAAAUGUUGAUGAAACAAAUGAUAAUAUGUCUCUUAUUAAACGUGAAACUGGUGAAGACCUUGAUCUUACAGAAUACAAAAUGGCAGAUGAUAAUACAACAGAAGUUGAGUUAUUGAAUUUCUCUCAAGAAGUUUCAAAUCUCAAAGUAACACCAGAUAUUUCUCCAAGAGGUACACCUAAACCACCAGCAAACAGUUUGAGAGCAAGUAGUGAAAAUUUACUUGGAUUAGACAAAACUUCUGUUUCUGUUGACACUGGAUAUAUUGAUCUUCUUGGACUUUCUACAGAUGAACAAAAUACUACUGUGGAUAAUCAAGUGCCGCCAUCUUACAUGAAUGAAGAUCUACUCGGAUUAGAAGACUUUGGGACAGAUCAGUCUCAACAAGGAAGUAGCUUAUGUAGUAGUUUUGAUGGUUCAGAUAUGUUAUACAGUAGUAAUGUCCAAUCUCACAGUGAAAUGUCAUCUUGUCGAUCCACACCAUUGGGCUUUGAAUCAGCAUUCUGGGAAGGUCAGGACAAGGUGACACACAUUCCUUCUGAUUUUGUGAGUUCAAUGGUAGAUGAAUUUUUACAACUUGAUACAAUGAAGGGUACAGAUGUUUCUCUUGGCUCAUUUAGGAAAGAUAAACCUGCCUAUAUGCCUGAAUUGUUUGAUCCAUUGACCCCUCCCUCAAUUCCCAUAGCAACAACCAAUAUAACUUUCCCACCAUCUAAUAUUCAGACAAAUGUAGAUCCUUUUGCUUCUUUAUUGGAGGACAAAGACAUAGAAAAUAUAAAUAGUAAAGAUGACGCCGAGUUACAACCUGAUUCUUCAGCAUUUGCUACACGAGAAUAUGAUAAUUUAGGCUUCAGAAUGCUGUCUGUUGAUGUCCCUCCUGAACUGGAAUCUCAAGGGACUGAACUGAAAAAUCCUUUCUUGUGUGAUACAGGACAGGAAACGUCUCAACAACAAACAGCAGAUGUUUUUAGUGACAAUAACUUUUUCUCUGAUAUGCUCAGCACAUCUGAUAUACCUACAAAAGGAAAUAUCUGGGGUGAUAUUACAGAAAAUGUGGACAAUGCACAACUCGAGGGAAGUAUCAAUCCAUUUGAAGAGGAUUUCUUUGCUGCUGAUCAGAUAACUCAAUCAGAUGUUCCUAUACCAGGUAGAAAAAUGUCUUUAAAUAAUCCUUUUCUAAUGAUGGAUGGAUCAGAUUUUGAUCCUACAAGUGAUGAAUCUACAAUAAAUCCCUUUAUAGAUCUUGAAAAACCUGCUUCAGCUAAACAUAAAUUUCUAUCAGACUGUGACAAAUAUUUAUCUAAUUUUACUGAUUUGGAUUCAGUUGUUUCUGACACGACCAAAAUUUCAACGGAUUUAGAAAAUUUUGAUCCAUUUGGUACUGCUGUUGAUAAGCGUGACUCAGGAAUCAGUGAUAAGGUGGAAAAUGGAGAUGUAAAUGAUGUUGAUUUGAUUGUUGAUUCAACAAAUUUUGAUGAUGAUGAUGAUGAUGAUGAUGACAACGAAGAGGAUGAUGACACAUUUAGAUUGAAAAUAAAACCAAUCAUGAGUGAAUCAAAAAUAUUGAAUACAGUGACUGUACCUGCUCUUGUACCACCUCCUAGACCUAGUAGGUCACCUCAGCCACCUAGGGAAAAUCCAUUUGAUAGGGAAUCUCCCGCUGAAGAAAAUUUUGCAGAAUUCAAAGAUCUUCAUGAAGAAACAAAUGAACCAAAAGUAAUAGAUUCUUCUUUUAAAAGUAGUGAUAUAUCUACUGAUAUCAAUUCUCCAGAAGAAGAAAAUUUAGAACCACUUUCACCAUUUUAUGCAAAGGCUGAUCUAGAAAAAGAGGGAUGGCAUUUAAUGUUGAGGCAGCCAACAAAGAAAAAGUUGGCUUUAGCAGGAAAUCGCUUCUGGAAGGAAGUUUAUGUCAAAUUGGUUCAACAAAAAGAAGGUCCAACUCUUCAAAUAUUUCGUGAUGACAAAAGUGCAGAAAUUCUCCAAGAACUUAUACUGCAACCUUGCUAUUCAAUAUCAGAACCUACAUUGCAACAUUAUGACCAAUACGGCAAAAUACACACAGUAAAAAUACAAUAUAUCUUCUACAAAGAAAGAGUUGGGAUAAGGCCUGAUAGAAUUAAACCUUCAUUUGUCAAAAAACCAAAAGCUACUAUGAUACUUGACCAUGCACCACAAGUAUCAGAAAUGAUGAAAUUUGGUUCUUUAAAAAAGGAGGAGAUAAAUACAUUUGUUCGUCUCAUAGAAGACACAAUGAUGAACAUGGAUGCUCGCCGUGAAAAAACAUUGACUUAUGUGAAGGAUGAAGUAUCUGCUGAGGUUUGGGAUGAAUAUAAGACUGUUCUCGAUAAGCAGGGUAAAAUUUUAUCUCAGAAAGUAAGAUGUAGGAUAUUUUUCUUAGCUUUUGUCACUGGAAUGCCUGCAACAGAAUUAGGCAUCAAUGAUAAAAGAAAGGAUGGUAAUGAAGUUGUAGGUCGUCAUGACAUUCUACCUAUCAAAACUGAAGAAUGGAUCAGACCAGAAGAUCUUGAAUUUCAUUGUACAGUGAACAAAGAACUUUUUGAAAAAGAUGGAACAAUAAGAUUUCAUCCUUUAGAUGCAUGUCGGUUUGAAUUAAUGAGAUAUCGUGUCAGACUGCGAGAAAAUAAAGAGUUGCCCCUUCAGUUGACAAUAACGCAAGAAGUUAAAAAGAAAAAGUUUGAAAUUAGGUGUGACCUCCUUGUAACUGGAUAUCAUUCUUUCAGUAAGAAGCAUGGUCAGUUUCCAUGUGAAAAUAUUGAAGUCAGAUUUGCAAUACCAGAACAAUGGAUAUAUUUAUUUCGAUAUGAAAGACGGUUUGGGUAUGGCUCUUUAAAAUCAGCAUGGAGAAAACCCGGGAAAAUCAAAGGACUGGAAAGAUUGACAAUGAUAGCUCAAGGAUUAAUGACUCCAACUCUUAUGGAAACUGAUGUUGGUGUUGCAAAGUAUGAGAAUGUAUAUCAUGCUGUUGUUUGGAGGAUACCUAGACUUCCAGAAAAAAGUGAAGGUGCUUACAAAAAUCAUUUGUUCAAACUUUCCUUAGAGCUUAGUACUCAUGACGUUAUUCCAGAGACAUUUGAACAAACUGCUGAAGUUCGCUUUACUAUGCCAUCGUGUACAGCAUCACAAACUCAAAUUAGGUCAAUCUCAGUAGAAAAUCCAAAUCCCCCAGAUAAAUGGGUCAGAUAUGUUGCCAAAUAUGAAUACACUGCAGCAAUAAAUCACAUUGACUAUGUGAAUAAUGUAGUAAGUCCAACAGAGAGUGACAUGGAUUACAGUAUAUCGACAAAUCCUUCACAAUUACUGGUUGAAAAAGGAGAAACAGAAAUCCCUGAGAAGGACCAGUCAAGUAGUGAUGAUGAUGACUAAGUCAAGAGAAAUCAAGAAGGAAGUUGUUGUCAUGUUGUAUUAAGGUUCAAAGUGAAUCUCGUCUAGAAUUCACUAUGAAUAUAGAGGCAAUUACUAUUCAUUAUGAUAAAAUGCUAUAAUGUUAAGUUAGGAUGAGUUGAGAAUUGAUAUGAAAAUAUCAUUUAGCUUUCUACAUGAUUUUAAGAUAUCUAUUCUUUUCAGGAAAAGAUGACUGGAAAGUAGUCUUUGACUAUACUACCCUUUCAAUGUCUUGAGUGUUCCAAGGUUCCUCUGGUUCUGGACUCAGGGGCGGAUCCAGCCAUUUAUAAAAGGGGGGGGUUCCAACUAUAUGUCCCCAUUAAAAUGCAUUGAUCGUCAAAAAAAAAGGGGGAAACCCCCCCAGGAUCCGCCACUGGGACUUAAUAAUCAUUAAACAGACAAAAUGAUAUCAGAUUUAUAUAUGUGAUUUUAAUUCCACCAAAUAAGCAUUAUGUAAAGAAAAUGGUCUAAAUAUUACUCCAAUAGUGAGGUAAAACACAUGAUAAAGGACUUGUUGACAAGCAUGAUUCAAAAAUGCAUGUCUUUUGCAAGAAAUUUGAAGGUAGUUAAUCUGUUAUUCUGUUCCACAGUAAAUUAUAAAUUCUGCAAUUUCAUCAAUAAAAGUUUGUGCUUUAUUUUAUAAAAUGUUAGACAACAGGAUGCUCCAAAUUAGAUUUACUAGUAAAAUUAGAUUAUGUUUUAUUUCCUUUGCUGGUUCCAAUAGUUUCAGUGUGAAAUUAAUUCUCUGGUUAUCAGAUAGAUAUGUUUUAACAGGUAUUUUUUCAUGUAAAAUGUAUUAAAAUAUUGAAGCAAUACAACCGCUAGAAUAAUUAUAAUUCAUACUUUUAUUAUGCUAUACCAACUGCUGGAAAUUCUGUCCCAAAUUAUUCCACUAUAUUUUAUAUUUAUUAUUUUUACAAUCAGUUUCUUCUUGUUCCUCUUUUGGAAGCUUAGAAUGGUUGCAGAUUACACUUAUACACACUUAUACACCUAACAUUAAAAAAGAAUGGGACCAGCUCCAUUUAGUUCGCUUAAAUUGCAAAUAAGGAUUUAAGGCCAGUUUUACUUUUAUUUCAAAAUGAUAAUAUUUAGAUAGACAUUAAAAAUACAUGGAAAUCUUGUGUAGGACUUGGAGGUGCGAUGGGGACACUGAAGUGCGAUGGUCUGCGCAGAAGUGCGAUGGUCCGUUCGCUGAUGUGCGAUGGUCUAUAUGACGCCUGGUGUCUUGUUUAAAAUCUACAGAUGUGCAAUUAUUUAAUUGUUUUAUAGUUAGUAUAUAAAAUAUUCAUUAUUGUCUAUGUAUGUCCUUAGUUACAGUUGCAUAUUAAUGGAGAAAUCGUCCUCUUUGAUUUUCUGCAUGGGAACAUAAUUCUGCCUUAACAUUUUAUUUUUACCUGGUUCUUCUCAUGAGUUCCUCUUUUACAGUAAUAUUAUAAUACAGAGAGUCUGUUUACGAACCCGUGUGUAUUUAGAGAAUAAUGCAACGUUCUAAACUAGAACCUUUUGUAGAUUUCGAAAAAAAAGAUCCGCUACAGAAGUUAAUUCAACCAAUCACUCUCCGUUUCCUGUAGUUUAUAAGCCCCUUAUUAACUCAAAAACCCGAAAACUGCUUCUACAGUAACACAAUGUAACGUUGACCUAAAGCAAACAAACUGCCUUCUACAUAGACAUGAAAAGCAUUGAAAAUAUAGUUUAUUUAGUCCAUCGCACUUCGUCGUAGCUAUCAACAAGAUAGCGUCACAAUGCCACCAUCACACUUCAGCAUGACUAUCGCGGUUCCGAGUACCAUCGCGGUUUAGAGUCCUACAUAUUGUCAUGGUGAAGAUGUUUGUAGAAGACUACAAUGUAAACAAAGGCCAUCUUUUCCCUCAGAGCUAUAAGGUUCUUGAUUUAUCUUUAUGCUUAUUUAUAUUGUAUAAAAUAUAAAUACUUAAAGUAAAAAAUAAUUUAAUGAUCAAUUCUAAUUAUAUAUAUCCUGUCUUUCAAUACAUGUGUGUUGUGAAAUUGUGGAGAUUACAAUAAAUUCUGAAAUAAAUAUGUAUAGGUUUUUAAAACCUAGCAAAAUAUGAAUUAUUUUCAAUUCAGUAUAUAUUCAUAAUCAAUUAUAUAAUUUUUUUCAGUCCUAAGAAUUCUUCGCAUUUUCCAUGUAUUUAGUUGAUUAAAAAAGAGUAAAACUUUUGCCCAUAGUAUGCAGUUUGUGUAUACAUAGGAAAAAAAUCCAUUUUUCUCGCUAAGCUAUUUUGAAUUUUCCAAUUUUCUGUUUAAGAAAAUCCUUAUAUUCAAAAACUAUUCUUUCUGUUGAAGAAAAUCUUCAAACUUUUCAAACUAGUCAUACAAUUCAUGUUUCAAGUUAUUCAAAUGUAUAAUUAAGGAAACAUUGUUUCUUAAAAUCACUUUCAAUAGUUUACAUGUGAACUGUAUGCUGUAAGUGAAAAUUGAAUGCAUACUUUGCCGCCAGUGGAAUGUUUGAAAUGAAUCAUAUGAAAUUACAGGAUCUCCUAAAAUCUGCUUAUUUGCAUGUUAUAUUCAUUCAAAAAAUUUACUGGUUUGAACAGAUUUUCAUGGGUGGUUUGUCUGCAGGCCACUGUUAAAGUGAAUGACUUCAACAGUUCUUUUUAAUUAUUAAGAAUCCUUAUGCAACUGUCUAAAUAGUUUUGUAAAGUUUUGAAGUUGUCUGAGUGAGUUUUGAUUUGUAUAAGUUCUUUGUAUUUGGUGCUAUGAAUUGUUUAUUACAAGUGCAAUGUUCUUCAGUUAUAUUUAUUUAUUUAUUUAAUUGUAUAAGGGGAGAUAACUUCAUAGUUUUUGCACAACCAACAGAUUUUUUUAUUUAUCAUUUUUCCAGGCACAUGUAUCAAAAUUAUCACUCAUUUAAAACAUAUACGGAGUGCUGACUUUGGGUUUGCCAGGAAUUUAGGAUAAAAAUUGUCAUCAUUGUGAGGAGAUAUGCGGACAUAAGGUGUUUUUUUUUAGGGGGAUGGGAGUAUAUCAGGAUUUUAAAAGUAAAAAAAGGUAUCAUAAACAAGAGCUUUAUGGAGAAGUAAUAUCAAUCUAACUAGAUCUGACUUUUAUGUUUUUGUUGGUGAGAUAUAGAAUAUUGUAUUCUAUCUAUUCAGUGCCCCUAGUAUUUAUAAAGUACCUAAGAGAGUUAUUAAAAACUUUAUUUGACCCUGGAAUUUAUUUUCCAGUUUUCCAGUAUGUACUAAUGAUAUAUAAUGGUAAUUGGACUAACAUAUCAGUUGUAGCACAUUAAAGUGAUAGUCAAUCAUAUGGGUGUUUAUAAGUUGUUACAGGGGCACUUUUACAUGUUUUUAUAAUCAUUUAUUAUUGCCAGUGUGUAUAGAUGCUGUGAUAUUUGUUGUUUUUGUUUUCAAUACUUUUAUUAUGUUUUGUAUGUUUUCUACUUUUCUGUGUAAUCGUUUUAUACUACAUCUUGCUGAUAAGCUAGCUAGCAUUUGAAAAAUAAUUUACAUUAGCCAAAGUACUAAAGUUAAUCAUUACCAAAUCAAUGAACAUUUGCAUUUCAUAGAAAAGUAUUAUAAACUGUAUAAACUAGUCAUGUACAACAUUUUUAGACUCCUUCAGAUUUAGAUUUUGAUAUGUUGUAUAGAUGCAUGUCUAUUAGUGAAGAAUAUAUGUUAACCACUAGAUUUGGUUAUUUGUGUCAUAGUGUUGCUAUAUCAUUGACAUAUUCCUCACAUAUCCUUUUGUUUAUUAUUAAAUGUACUCAUACAAGAUAAGUAUCAUUUUUUUCAGACUGAAAUGAUCAAAUCUAGAAUUUAUACUAUUUAAUUUUUCAACUUGUUAUUAAUGAUCCCUUUUCAAAGAGCUGUUCCCCAGGUUAUUUUAUAUGGAGAGAGCUUGGUAUUUUUCCAACACCCUCUUUGGAUGUAAUUUCCCCAAUCAAACAGGAAAUGACUGACAAUCUAUUGUAUGUAUACAAGGUACAGCCAAACAUAGACUCCAUCAGCUAGAGUUGUUGUUAGGGUUAUUUAUAUGCAGAGAGCUAGGCAUACUCUGGCAUGUGUCUUGAGUUAUUAUCCCCAAUCAGACUGUGUAUUUCUGUAUCCUUGGCAAAAGUUACAGGAAGCCUUUGCCAACAUGCUGUGAAUGUUUGACAUAUUGUCAAUAUGGAAUAUUAGACCUUAACACCAGCCUAUAUUAAUCCUGUACCGACCAAUAGACAAUAAUGAAAGUAACAUACUUGGACAGGAGAGUAUCAAACUCUAAAAAUAGAUUUGUAAUAAAAAUCACAUACACAACAGGACUUCAAAAGAUUUGUUGCUUAAUAUAUAUGGAAGUCUAUUAAUUAGAUAUAAGAAGAUGUGGUAUGAGUGCCAAUGAGACAACUCUCCAUCCAAGUCAAAAUUUAUAAAAGUAAACCAUUAUAGGUCACAGUACGGUCUUCAACACAGAGCCUUGGCUCACACCGAACAGUAAGCUAUAAAGGGCCCCAAAAAUUACUAGUGUAAAACCAUUCAAACGGGAAAACCAACGGUCUAAUCUAUAUAAAAAACUAGAAACGAGAAACACUUAUGAACCACAUCAACAAACAACAACUACUGAACAUCAGAUUCCUGACUUAGGACAGGUGCAAACAAAUGCAGUGGGUUUAAACGUUUUAAUGGUACCAAACCUUCACCCUUUUUCUGAAACAAUAGUGUAACAUCACAACAUAGAAAGACACACUAUAAAAUAUCAACUGAAAUAGCUUAACUCAAUCAAUGGACAUAUUAACACCAUUGAACAUACACUGAACAAAUUAAUUUGACCUAUGAUACAAUGUAAAUACAAAAUAAAUAAACUAAGGGAAGAAUAAUAAAAGUAACAUGUUAUAUCGGUAUGAAAUGUUACACAACUAAAGAAAAACAAUAUGCUCGAACAAAAAUAUCAGCCAUUUGCAAUAACUUUAAACACAGGUAAAUGAAAAUAAUUUUGUUGUUAGGUAUACGUGUACAGUUCCAAUAGAGAAAGGAAAUAUUUUACAAUUAUUAACUCUAUUUACAAUGAAACUAGAAUCAUCUUUGUUAUAGUGUAACCCUUAGAUCAUCUUUGUCCUGCCAUUUUAUUUUGUAGAAGAGGCCACACUAAAAACAAACAUUAUUGCACUAUUUUCUUUUCUAAAGUUUGCAUUUGCCUCUGGGUAUAAUUUCUGCUGUAGCCAAGAGUUGCAAAAGAAAUAAUAGGUAUUUUGGAUAUAUUACCAAAGCAAAAGUGUUUACUCACACAGACUGUUUUCACAAUCUUUAUUUGAUUCUGUAAAUAAUAACAGUAAAUAAUGUUUAAUACUAAAGUUUUGUUUUUUUAUUAUAUUUUUUUAGGUUUCCACCAAAGCUAAACCAAGAAAAAACAUUGUUAGUCUCCAAAGAUAUAAUCAAAAGUGGAAAAAAACAAUGCUUGAAAACUAUUUUGAAAUGUCUGUUCUUAAGAAAAUUGUACUUAAAGCUGUUUAUAAUAAUUAUUAAGGUUGUAUGGAAAAUUUUCUUCUGGUUUAUCUUAUGCAUUGCUUAAUACAUUGAGUAAAUUACCUACUACAUAAAAGGUUGGCAGAUACUUAACAAUAAUAAUGUUAUUUCUUGUUAGUAAAUGUAAACUGGAUUUGAAAGAUUUUAUAUCAAUCCUGUAGUGCUUAUAUGGAACCAUGUAAUAUUCAUAUAAUAAUAUCAAUCAUAUUUAUACAUAUAUAUAUAUGUAAUUAUUUAUAAUUUAUACAUUUGUGAAACAUUUUCAUAUUUGUCAAUUACAGGACAAGAUGUUUUAUUGAACUGACAAUACUCAUAUCUUAUAUAAUCAUCAUCAGAUCUGUUUUAUUACGAAUAUCUAGUCCCUUCAUUUUUUAUUACAAGGAUAGUUACUGCAAUUACUGGAUGUUAGGAGUUUUGAAUUAAGUUGAAAAUAAAAAAUAUAACUUGAA